AUGGCAUUACUUACAGAGUCCUUCACCACAUUGCUCAGGGAAAUUAUCCUUAAAGCAAAUAACCAGUAUAUAAAGGUGUCAGACCUGCGAACCAUCAUCCUUUCUUGCAGUCUGCUCUCGAAGUACAUCAGUACUAUCAACAUGAAGACACUGCUUCUGUCCUUGCUGGUGGCUGUGGCUGUGGCCGAGAGACCAUCCCUCUCCUACAACGCCCCUGCGCCCCACACAUCCUCACCUGUACAGCAGAUCCCCAUCAUCCGCGACGAGCGAGUCCAUCCUGCCGCUGACGGAACUUACAGCUUUGACGUUGAGACUGGAGAUGGCAUCGUCAGACACGAGUCUGGUGGUCCAGGUGGCGCUCAACAGGGAACCGUCAGCUUCACCUUCCCAGAUGGCCAAGUCUUCAAUCUCCAGUUCGUCGCUGAUGUAAACGGUUACCAACCUCAGUCACCCUUCCUGCCCGUCGCCCCUGCAUUCCCCCACCCAAUCCCCACCCACGCCCUCGAACAGAUCGAACGUGGUCGACUCGCACUCGAAGCUCGAGCCCGUGAAGAGCAACGUCAGUCCUCAAGCCAGGGACAAGCCGCACCUGCUCGCCAAUACGGCCAACCUUAGCAGUGUUCUCCCACUUGCACAUGAUGCUGUUGUUAUCCUAUUAUCUUAUUUUAAUUUCAUUUUCUUCGUCAUUCUACUAUUUAAAUACUGUAUAACGUUUUGUGAUAUAUAUUUGAAAUGAAAUUGUAUCUAGAUUUGCCGUACUUUCUAAAUGACCUACAAAAUUAAAUGACUGAAGAAUUUAAUGAGGCAAGGAAAUAAA